UUUCCAGAACAUGUGGAUCACCAAGGAAGAGUACGACGAGUCUGGCCCAGCCAUCGUCCACAGAAAGUGCUUCUAAGUCAUUCAUUUUAUUUUUUAAUAUUUGAGACAAACAUUUUGUUUAUAAAUUGUAUUAAACCGUUAUAA